GUCUAUAGGUCUCAGUGUCUUACGCAAUUUCCAUAUUAAUAUGGAAGUGGUAGGAAUAAGUGUUAAUAUGUAGCCGCCACAUUAUUGUUACUAAUUUCUUGAUAAUUCACAUUUUAUUAUCAAACGAUAGCAAGCCUUUUUGAAAUGCUAAAACAUGCUCAACGUACUGGCAAAGUUAGAUACAUUAGCUGUGCUUAUUCAUAUUUUGAAUAUUUCUUAAUUGUGUAUGGAAUAUGCAGAUUCAGGGUUCAUAAAUGUGUUCAGUCUACAAUCAAACAAUAUGCCUGCUCCUUUUGGCCUUAAGGAAGUUCGUGAAGCUUAUAUGAGAAUCAGUGGAUGUGUACAUAGAACACCUGUGCUCAAGAGUCAGAACCUUGACAGCCUUGCUGGCAGGCAGCUGUACUUUAAAGCUGAAAAUCUUCAGAAGACAGGAUCUUUCAAAGCCAGAGGUGCUUGCAAUGCGGUGCUUUUAGAGAAGGAGAAAAGACCUAACAGUCCUGGAGUGGUGACACACAGCAGUGGUAACCAUGGCCAGGCUGUAGCAUAUGCUGCCAGAUGUGCUGGCCUCCCUUGCAGUGUAGUUGUGCCAAAGGGAACUCCACAAGUUAAGUGUGAUGCUAUCAGAGACUAUGGUGCUGAACUUGUUUUUUGUGAAGCUUCACCAGCAUCAAGAAAUGAAACUUGUGCAGAGAUUUCAUCAAAGACAGGCAGAGCUGUCAUCCAUCCCUUUGAUAAUUUUGAUGUUAUGGCUGGUCAAGGAACCAUUGCAUUAGAACUUCUUGAAGAGGUGCCAGAUCUGGAUGCUGUUUUGGUGCCUAUCAGUGGUGGGGGCAUGACAUCAGGAAUUGCUGUUGCUACCAAAGGCAUGCAGCCUAACUGCAAAGUGUAUCCUGUUGAGCCUUAUGGGAAGCUACUACAGAGAUGCCUUCAAAGCAAACAACGCAUGUGGCCUAAUCCUCCACAGUUCAUUGAUACCAUUGCAGAUGCUAUACGCACACAACAGGUUGGUAACUUGACAUUCCCAAUCCUGUGUGAGUAUGCUGAGCCAAAGGUGUUUACCAUCACAGAUGACCAGAUGAUUGAAGGAAUGAAGCUUGGCUUUGAACGCAUGAAGAUGGUUGUGGAAGCUGCAUCAGGUGCUGCCAUAUAUGCUGCAGUGAAAUCAAUAGAGGAGGUUGACGCAGCUCCUGAGAAGGUCGGAGUUAUUCUCUGUGGUGGUAAUGUGGAUUUGGAUCAUUUGCCAUGGUUCUCCCGCAAAACUUCUUAUUAACUUAAUGUUGUACUUAGAGUGUGAUGUGAUAAGUUUUGUAGAGAAUGUCUAAGAAAUAUUAAGUUUAUCUAUACACUUUGUGGAUUGAAAGAGUAUGUAAACCACUAUAGAAUCAAUCGAUCAUGGUGCUAUUCUCAGGUAUAAGGGUUGGUGACCACAACCCUCCAUUCAAAACAUUUUCAGUGCCUUUCUCUCCUAUUCCUUAUGUUUUGUAUCUCUGGGGAUUCUGCUCUAUCCAUCAAAGUCUCUGCCAUACCUUAGCACUUUUACCCUAAAUUUAACCUAUAAAUCUUUACCAUUAGCCCCAUCAUCCAAAAUUAUAUGACAGAAGUACAGAGUAUCUCAUUUACCUUUUUAUAUAAGUUUCCAUUUCAUUGCUCUAGCCAUUCAUGAUACGGUACAAGGUACAGUACGUUUUUUUCUAUCAGUAGAACUUAUUUCUAACUUUCUACUGUACAAUCACAAUUAUAAACCCUCAGGUUUACUUCAGGUAAUUGCUGAAAAUGUCUAUGCUUCUUAUCACUACAAUAGUAAUGCUUGUAUGCAAUAUUUCAGCAGUCUUUCUUGAAGUAAAACUAAUGUUCUGUUCAUUAAAUUGGUAAGAUUUAACUUUUAGGAUUUAUAUUUAAUUUGGAAAUUGUCAUUACUGUUCUUCUGCCAAAGCUCAUAUUCUUUGCAUUUUCCGAUAUGUUAACCAGUUUAUGUAAUGCCUCUUCACUAUCUGCAAUAAGAGUAAUAUAAUCUUCCUGCCAACUAUUUGAUAUUACUUUCCCAUUAAUUGAUAUUCCUUCAAUAUUUUCUACAACUUUUGAUAUCAAAGAUUCUGAAUAGAUAUAAAAAAAUGGAAAAUGCA